AUGGCCAACUCCCUCUGACUCCCACAGACUGGCUCUGGACACGCAAGAAAAGUUUGUAGCUUCCUGAGUCAGUUGCUGGUGCUGCGUGCUGGAGACUACAGGACUUUGGGAUUGAGCACAAGAAUCAAGCAGGGGGACGUCUUUCACUUUUCUUCUCUGCUGCAAUUUGCAAUGAAGAGGAAACAGAAGAGGUUCCUGCAGAUGACUCUGUUAUUCAUGGUGGCUUUAAUUUUCUUGCCAAAUAUUGGCCUCUGGUCUUUGUACAAGGAAAAACAUCUGGUGAAGUCUGCAGAGCCUGGGGAACAGCAGACAUUUCCACUGGGCCUGGGAGAUGGGCAAUUCUAUUCAUGGACAGAUGGUUUGAGAAGAAAGGACUGGCAUGACUAUGAAAGCAUUCAGAAAGAGGCUAUGCGCUCAGGGAAAGGAGAACAUGGAAAACCUUACCCCCUCACAGAAGAGGACCAUGAUGACUCAGCUUAUAGGGAAAAUGGCUUCAAUAUUUUUGUCAGCAACAAUAUUGCACUAGAGAGGUCUCUGCCAGAUAUCCGCCAUGCUAACUGUAAGCACAAGAUGUACUUGGAAAGACUGCCCAACACCAGCAUCAUUAUCCCAUUUCAUAAUGAAGGUUGGACUUCACUCCUGCGGACCAUACACAGCAUAAUUAACCGCACUCCAGGGAGUCUGAUAACAGAAAUCAUCCUAGUAGAUGACUUCAGUGACAGAGAUCACUUGAAAGAUAAGUUAGAAGAAUACAUGGCCCGGUUUUCCAAAGUCAGGAUUGUUCGCACCAAGAAAAGAGAAGGACUCAUUCGGACCCGACUCUUGGGGGCAUCAAUGGCAAGAGGAGAAGUCCUGACGUUCUUAGACUCCCACUGCGAGGUCAACGUGAACUGGCUGCCCCCACUCCUAAACCAAAUUGCACUAAACCACAAAACCAUCGUGUGUCCCAUGAUCGAUGUCAUUGACCACAAUCACUUUGGGUAUGAGGCACAAGCUGGGGAUGCCAUGCGAGGAGCCUUCGACUGGGAAAUGUACUACAAAAGAAUCCCCAUCCCUCCAGAGCUCCAGAGGGCAGAUCCCAGCGACCCUUUUGAGUCUCCUGUUAUGGCUGGAGGUCUCUUUGCUGUGGAUCGAAAAUGGUUUUGGGAGUUAGGCGGCUAUGAUCCAGGCUUAGAAAUCUGGGGAGGAGAACAAUAUGAAAUUUCCUUUAAGGUCUGGAUGUGUGGAGGAGAAAUGUUUGAUGUUCCGUGUUCUAGAGUUGGUCAUAUCUACAGGAAGUAUGUACCUUACAAAGUUCCAUCUGGGACCAGCCUGGCAAGAAACUUGAAGCGGGUGGCUGAGACCUGGAUGGAUGAAUUUGCGGAGUACAUUUACCAACGGCGGCCUGAAUACAGACACCUCUCCACGGGAGACAUCUCUGCCCAGAAGGAGUUGCGCAAGCAGCUCAAGUGCAAGGACUUCAAAUGGUUCAUGGCUGCGGUGGCCUGGGACGUGCCUAAGUAUUACCCUCCAGUGGAGCCCCCGCCUGCUGCCUGGGGGGAGAUUCGAAAUGUGGCAGCAAACCUUUGCGUGGACAGUAAGCAUGGAGCCACAGGGACAGAGCUAAGGCUGGACAUCUGUGUCAAGGAUGGUUCUGAAAGGACCUGGUCCCAUGAGCAGGUCUUCACCUUCGGAUGGAGAGAAGAUAUUCGACCUGGUGAGCCACUGCACACGCGGAAAUUCUGCUUCGAUGCCAUCUCCCAUAGCAGCCCAGUCACUCUCUAUGAUUGCCAUGGUAUGAAGGGAAACCAGUUCUGGGGAUAUCGGAAGGACAAAACAUUAUUCCAUCCAGUGAGCAACAGCUGUGUGGACUGCAACCCUGCAGAGAGGAAGAUUUUCAUGGCCAGAUGUGACCCUUUAUCCGAGACUCAGCAGUGGGUUUUCGAACACGUUAAUAUGACUGUUUUAGAAAAAUAUAGCUACCACGCCAGCUCCUAGAAGAAGAGAAGGAAGAAAGAGUGUCUACAGAUUGCAAACUUGUUUCUAGCCAGUAACUGGGUCGGAGGAGUCAGGAAUAACAUUUCCUAGAUCCAGGGAAGCCUGGCUUAAAGAUCCCUACAUGCCACGUCAAAGUAGGUUGUCCUGAAGAACUUCCUGCAUCUGAAGAACUUGGCUAAGAACCUCACCAGCUGCUUCUGAGAACUCGAGACUAGCAGUUCCCUUGCUGGCCAAGGGCAGAUUAUUUAGGGACUUUUCAAAACUGCUGAGUUAAUAAAUCCUAGCAUUUCUCAGGUCAAAUCCUGCAGUAGUGAGUAGCUAUGAAUGGAUACUAUUAACUGGGUGGGAGGGGGGUGGAAAUAGAGUGCAUGACUGCUCUGACAAGCCAAGGAUACCACAGGUUUAGAACUAGCCACACUGGAGGAGUGAGCUGGACUCCAUGGUGCCAUUCUCUGACUUAAUGGGUUAAGCAGGUUUAACCCUUAAAAGUGCUGCAGAUGAUUUUAGAGUGCUCACACCAUUCUGUUUCCUUUUGUUCUGUUUUUCAACAAGAAUGGGAUAUUUAAGGUAAGACUCAAUCCACAAAGCAAACUGGAUUUCCACUGCUCCCAUGCUUUUGUUGACAUUUGCCAUUUUCCUUUUAGAGUGGGGUGAUUUAUUGUUCAUAAAUGUUCAUGCUUCAUAAAUCAACUGAUGUUCUAAUUCAGUGCUCUUGUAAGAACCUAGUUAAAAACAGAAAUGAAAUCUAUGCUACCAGGUUACUCCAAAGAAAGAUUUCACAGAAGCCACAAAACCAUUUAAGAUUUAGGAGAGGGAUUUCUCUAGGAAAUCUCUUUUUACUUUUCUAUUAUUUUUAGAAUUUUAAAAUUACAAUGUUUGUCCGUCAUACUUUUUAUUAAAGAAGGAAAUGGAGUGACGUUGAUGUAAUUUGUUUAGGAGACUCUUAAACCUGAAUAAAUCUACACUCCACAUGAUGUGUGAGAAUGGCUUGGUUCACUUCACUUCUGUUUCAUCAGUGUUGGGAAUUUAGACAUUGUUUUGUUUGUCUCUGGUUUUGUUAGGUUGAUUUUUUUUUUUACUAUAGUGUUGAUAUUAUUGAUGUUUUAUUUGGAAGCCCACGAAUAAAGUGCUUCUGACGCAAUUUUCUAUUAAUGGAGCAAUAUUUCAGGGUUGAAGAAAGGAAUGAUUUGAAAACUGAAUAGAAUAUGGCACCCUUAAAAGAACUUUGCACUUUUCAAUAGUAAUGGGUUGGAGGAACAAUACUCAGGCACCAAAAUGGGUCUCUACAGGCAAGAAUCACGCUCACAACACUGUUCUCAAGCUUUUUUUCAGGUAUAAAUAUGUUUUUACUUUGCUUUUUUUUAAAAUUGCUUUUCCUAUUAAUAAAAUUUUAUAUA